CCCCCCACCGGCAAUCUCACUCUCUCACCAUCGUUCAUCGUCCCUCGUCCAUUGUCCCACCCACGCCUCCUACCAAUCACCCAAACCAUCGUGCGGCACCUCUUCUCACUUCGGUGUCUCUCUUUCUCUCUCUCUCUUUCUCUCGGACACCUGCCAAAGAGGGAAAGCUGAUUCUGCAAGGCACCUGCGCCUCCCGUCUCCCUUGGCCACGCACGUCCACCCUAUCCCCCCAUCCCGACGUCGCUACCUUUGCUUCCGUCCUACUCUCGAGCCUCUAUCCAGCAUAAUCGAGCACUCCGUCGCAUACGAGGCACCUCUUUCCUGCUACAACCCCACGCCGACAUAGAGAGCAUCUGCACCUGAUCUUGGUGCAUCAUCUCACCCAGCAUUAUGAGCCCCGGAGGCUCGACGACGAAGGCCUCGCCGUACUCCUCGGCGGCAGUGGCGCCUUCGUCUGCCUCGUACACACCGCCCUCUACUAUACCUGGAGAAGCACAACGGAUCAUCGCUGGUCUCAUUCCAGAGAAGCACCAUCUCCAGACUCAGCCACUGUCAUCCAUUGCGGCUGGUAAGAGGCCGGAACGCAGACUCUAUGUAGACGUAGAUGCAGCAACAACUGGCAAGGUUUUGCCCUCCCAUGGUCUGCUUACCGCAAAAGCUCCUCAUUCGGCAACAAAUCAAUACACGGGCACUGCAACCUCCAGCAAGGACACACCCUCGCUCUACAAGAUCAGCCGCGGUAGGAGUGCCAAUGUCAGCCCUUCACGUAGAUGGGAUCGUCGUGGGGCUAGCGCCACUGUCCUCUCCAGCACCAGCGGUAGCGGUAGUGGAAGUGGAAGCGGGGCCAGUGGCGCAGAAUCGGAAAUGACAGUUGCAGGGGCACGAGCGGACGCCACUUCGAGGCAGUCUUUAGCCACAUCAGCGUCGCAGAACCAACCCGCCUCUCGUCUGCUUUUGGCCACCCAGCUACCCGAUCUCAGACCUUCCUUGCCCCGAAAACCAAAAUCUUCAAGAAGUAGGACCAGUUCCGCUCGUCCUCUCACUGCCUCGCUUCCCGUUGCAGAAGAGGUGGACAGCGACGAGCUCACCAGCUCAGAUGAGGAAGGCGCUCAUGCCAGUCGCCUCGCUCGCAGCCGCCGAGCAAGUCUUGAGAGGGACAGGCAAAGGGGGAUGCGCAUCCUUCAUGCAGCUGCUCGUCGUGAGAUGUCCGAGAAGAGCCUCUCCAAAGAGGACUUGGUCUUGGUCUGUCCCUCUCCCGAGUUCACCUCUGCGUCUACUUCCGCCUCUGCCACUCCUACCACGCCUGACGAGCUCUCGGAUCCCUCAAGCGCGAUGAGUCGCAGUCCUUCGAGCGAGGUAGAGUUCUUGGCUGUGCCUUCGCCUGAUCCCAUGCGUCGCAGUAGGCUCCACAGCGAGCAGGGAGAGGCUGCCUUUUUCGGAUUGGCAGAUGAUGAGGAAGACCCCACCGCCGCCGCUCUUUCGGCACAGGCCUUCUCCGCUGCCCUCCUCCGCCGGAGACGUUCCAGGACUCGUAGCGGCAGUGGGCACGGCCUUCAUGUCGAGGGCACAGAGAGGAAGUCGGCAAACUCUCUGCCAAGCUCGAGACGACCCAGCAUACCUUCCAAUGUCGACCAUCCUGCCGUAAGAACUUCUACGUCUGUGCCGACCCGCGAGAGUACAGUCUUGGGAUUCGCGCCUGUCUCUGCCGGCACUGCCUCACUUGGCCGCCGCUUUGGGUCUCCUCCUCGGAGGCUGCCAUGGGCCCUCUCCAUGUCAUUUGGACAAGCUGAAAAGACGGCAGGGGACAUGCUUUCCGGAACUUCCAUUGCUUCUGUCGAAGACUAUCUCAAGCUUGAUCCGGUCGACUGGGAUGACAACGACAUCAGCAAUAACAAGCCGGCAAGACGUAGCUCUGUGGUUAGCAUUCGCCCCGGCCAAUCGUCCCUCAGCAACGGUGGCGAUGCGACGGUCGCUGCACUCGAGGCUACUUCCCUCCUAGACGAAGAAGAGCCUUCCGCUGCAGCACCAGCAGUCAAGCAACAUCCGGACUCUUCCGUGGCAGAGAAGCAGCAUAAGGACUUGUCCGACAGCGAGCACGAAGCGGCGCGUAGAUCAGGGUUUGCAAUGGCAUACCAGCAUCGUCUCAGCAAUCUUCAGAGUCAGCUCCGCGUUCUCUCCAACAUUGCCUCUCCAGCAAGCUCGACACCCCCGACCGGGGAGGCGGGCAGUCAACCAUCACCCUCACCCUCGGCAGCUGUGACGGACGAGUCGAGGUCGAGCUUGUUGGCAAGCAGCUGGAGACAGAUUGCUCGCCUGCCAAACCUCUUCUUCCCCGGUGCUAGAGAUCAGACGGGCAUCGCGAGCGCACCUCGGAGCGAUGAGUCCCCAUCUGCAACGACUGACGGGGCCCUUGUCCGUAGUCAGAGUGAAGAAGACAUCCUCGAAAACGCAUCACUCUCGCUGUCGUCCCUGGUGUCUUCGCCCGAGGCGUCCAGCAUCACACUCUCAAGCGAUGCUACCCAGGCACAGCGAUCCAGCAACCGCCGCUCGAGCUUCACCUCGCGAGGUGUCGUAAGUCCACUUGAAGGUGACAAAGAUCCCGGGGCGUAUGUAUCUGGUCUGGGACAGAGCAUCGAUCCGGACAUUGAGCUUUCCUCCGUUGUGCAUCUGCAAGCCUUUCGAGCAAGAGGCCGCUCAGUAGAUACGAGUGGCGGACGGCACAGGAAGCGCUUCCCAAUUGUUGACGAGAGAGCCACCGCUUCGGACAGUGAGCGUAGCCCAAUCCUGGCAGCGAAGCAAAAGGACGACGCACCGCCUGCUCUCGUCCUCAGCUCUGACACUGCUCUCGUCGGAACUGCUUCUCGCCAAGCGGAAGCGUCGCAGCGCACGAACGUCAAGAGUCGGGCAUCAUUCAAUUUGCACGACGACGAGACGGAAGAGGAGGGCCGCAAAGAGGACUCUCAAAUUUCAAGAGAUACGUGUCACCGCGACACAUCCCCCAGCCGUUCUGCAUCCCUUCGAACAAAGGUGCCAGACGAGGACGGCUUCAUCACCAUUUCUCACCAUCGGCGCGCCGCAAGGUCCAGAGACGCUGUCCGUGCCUCGCGACCUGCUGCUGAAGCUCCUGUACCCCAAAACUUCUCGGCCUUCGAAGGCGCCUCAGGCUCUGGUUCGUCCGACGAAGAAAGACCACGAGUCUCGAAGUUCAUCCUUUCUGAAUCUGACGAUGCGGAGCAAGGAUCAUCGGCCCCGCGAACUAGAGUUGAUAGUGAUGACGAUCAGACCUCAGGCCGAGGCCGUGCAGGCAGGGGUGGCCGCGGAAGAAGUCGACAAGCCUCGCGCGAGAUGAACGUCGCUCCCACUCGCUCCCGUCAAUGCGCCGUCGGCCUCUUCACUGGCCGGCGAGCUUCUCUGACCGAAGAGGGACCCGCAUCCAUGAGGUCGAUUCGAAGCUCGCCCAACCUUACCUAUGCCAAGGUAGCUGCUAAUGGCAACGCCGUGGCCAAGCAACAUGCUGGCACUUGUAUCAAUGCCGAUGUGGGCCCAUCAGCUCGUCCUUCCAUGAUCAGGCAGCGCAGUGAGCAGGGUCACAGCUCUGACGAGCGCUCUCGAUCAGGCCGAGGACGAGGAGACGAUGUAAAGGUGACCAGCUGUAGCUUCAGCUCCGAUGAGCACCCUCGCAACAGUCUUCCACGCUCUGCUUCCAGCUCUGGCCUCCUCGAGAUCGUCAAGAGCGGAUCUUUGCUGAAGCAGAAGCCCUUGCUGUCGGCACCCACUGGCCCUGGCAUGUCCUUGCCUGGUUCGCGACGCGAUGCCUCGUCUCGACGAACUACGUUUGGUCUGGAGGGUAAUCUGCCAGGAAGCUCUUCUGCGCCAUCCGAGGCGGAAGGCUUGUCGCCAAGCGCUGUAGACAUCCACCAGCCCUCACCACAGGAUCAGCAGUCGUCUGGCGAUGUGCUUAACCAGCCUUCGGCGAGGCCGACGCUUCUGAGCAAUUCAGCUCACUUGCUCAUGCUCUCCCUGGAGCUGGAGAUGAUGAGGGCACAGAAGAUCACUGCGCCUCUCAAGGUGAGGUGGGUGAGGCAGAGGAUGUCGGUGAACCCGACGUCUUCGCCCGCUUCUUCGAGCUCAUCUUCCUCGUCUGACGGCGAGAGAGGCCGCGAUGUGGCGCCGAGGUGCCAGUCAGGCGCUUCCACCUCGCACCGCUACCAGCCGCGCAGGGCCAGUCGGCUGCGACACUUUACCACUAGCGCUUGAUCCGCUGCACUUAGUAGAUACCGUAGAAAUCUGUCUGUUCUUCCCAUGAUGUACUUUCAUAUACCCAAUCUCUUUAGAUACAUCCAGCGCUUUCACCUUAGAUAUAUUCAACUUUUGCGCCUUCAUGACGUCUAGAUGUGCUUCCCUUGCGCACCUUCUCCCGUACCUUUGCAUCCUUUCGUAUCGUCUGUGUACGUCUGUUGUACCAUUGCCACCGCGGAGGUUUGUGCCCGCUCUCCCCUCCCCCAUUCUCCUUAGGCACGAUUCCUGCAAUGUGACACUCUGCACUGCAUCGAACACUGCCAAUUCUAGACUUGUGCAAUCUAUCCUUCC